AUGGUCGUGAAGGAAGUCUUCUCACAGUCCGUGCUUGCGAACUAUGGCAAAGCAAUUAGAGCCGCUCCUCACGAGGUGGUUUGCAAUCGCAGUUUGAUCUUAUCGCCUGGGAUCAAGGCUCGUCUUCCGUCAUCCCUUCACUACCGGGUUUUCAAAGAGCACUUCGGCAUCAGCUCCGGGUCAAACGCUGGCGAGAUUAAGAAUUUCGUUUCCAUCGUCUACAUCGGCUAUGCCUGGGGUGCCGGCUUACCCUUCUUCAUCAACGACCGGAUUGGCCGUCUAUGGUCCUUUCGUCUAUACACAGUUAUCUACAUCAUUGGACAAAUGGUGGCCACUUCGGCUCCAGGUUUAGCAGGCUUAUAUGCGGCACGCAUCAUCUCGGGGUGGGGCAUUGGCUCUCUCACCGUCACAGGCCCUAUGUCGAUCGUCGAAAUUGCCCCGGCCGAAAUACGGGGUCUCCUCACAGCGUGGUUCAACGUCGCCAUGGGUAUCGCGCUGACCACGUCAACCUUUUGCAUUGUCUGGUUCUCGCCGUGCAUUUUUAUGUUUCUCUGCGUCGUCAUUAGUUUCUUCCUCUGUGAAUCACCUAGGUGGCUCUUUCUGGUUGACCGAUAUGACGAGGCCGUGAAGACUCUUGUCCGAGUUCGCGGUUUGCCCGCGGAACACCCCCGGGUGCAGUUGGAACUUCAAGAGAUCCAGGAUUCUAUACGCAGGGAGAGGGAGAACUUCGGUGAUGGCCGCCAUUCGUCUGGCCUUGUCAGCAUUGUUAAAGAAACAUUCGCGGUCCCUUCCAACUUGCAACAUGUUCAGCAGAGUUUGGUAUCAUAUGCGCUCGCACAACUGUCUGGCGCCAACUCCAUCACCUCCUAUUUCGUACCCAUCUUGACUCUUUUGGGUCUGGGUGGCGGUACCCUCCGGAAUUUGUUUCUGACCGGUAUGUACGCCAUGUCCAAACUCUUCUUCUCCUUGAUUGGUUCAUUCUUCUUCGUCGACGGUUUGGGUCGGCGAAAAUCACUGUUCGUGGGCAUUUGCCUGCAAAAUGUUGUCGGAUAUAUACGUCGGCAUAUACCUCAAACACAAGCAAGACGACACCUCGUCCCACGCUUCGUCCCAGGCGGCGGUCGCAUUCAUCUUCCUCCACGCUUCUGGGUGUGCGGUGGGUUUGCUCAUCCUCCCGGGGCCUUUAUUUUCUUCGCUGGCUGGUGCUUUGUUUCCCUACUCUACGUAUACCUGGUGGUCCCUGAGACGGCUGGUCUCAGUGUUGAAGAAAUCGACGAUGUUUUCAAAGGCCCAUGGUUCAAUGCCUACAAACGCUCCAAGAAGCCGGCAACCAUAACAACCUUUGAGGCUGUGGCGGUCAAAACGCUAUCCGAGGAAGGCAAAGGAGCACUGGACAGAAAGGGCUACCUAGUUCAAACUGAAAUAUCUACCAAGCAGUAUUGA